CCAGUAAAAAGUGCCACAUGACCUGUCAAGUAGGAAGUAGCUAGCUGAGCCGAGCAGCAGAACCAGAAACCAGACACACAAGAAGACGAAGAGGAAGCUGUGAAAUCUCUCAAGUCUCGACGUUUCUCAACACCUGUCGGAACAGAAAGAGCAAUAAGUUGACCGCCGUCAUGUACUUGAAGGUGGUGUUUGUCUCUGUAGUUGUGGCUCUGAUCGGAGCAUCAACAGCUGCAGACUCAGAUGGAUGUUCUUCUCUGACGUGUGAUACAUGUGGAAAUACUCCUGACUGCCAGUGGGUGAACUGCACAACAUUACCUGCUGGCUGUCACAACAUGACUGUUAUGCCAGAAAGCGAGAUCUGCAGCAACGCUAGCUGCUCAGCUCCUGGCCCCACAACAGUCCCAACUGUCAUUGUGACUUCUCCCAAACCCGCUACAUCCUCCCCUACCCCUGUUGUCACCACCACCUCCACUAACAGCAGCAGCGCUCAGCCCACCACAGGCAAUGGAACUAUUAUUUCCACCCCCAACCCCACUCCCAGUGGUAACACCUCCAUCUCCACCUCCACGGCUCCAUCAAAUUCUUCAAUUCCAAUCAGCACAAGCACCACACCAGUUGCCCCGUCUCCUGCCCCUCACAAGAACACCUUCGACGCUGCGAGCUUCAUCGGUGGAAUAGUUCUGGUCCUGGGCCUGCAGGCCGUCAUCUUCUUCCUCUACAAAUUCUGCAAGUCCAAGGACCGCAACUACCACACCCUUUGAAGCAGCCGCUCUUCUGGAUCCACGUAACACGACCUUUCCCCGCCAACUAGAACCUCGCGGAGCAGACCCCCCCCCCCCCCGCUCGGCACGCACUCAUCGCGGCGGACUCAAACAGUGUUUUCAAGCAGGUUUUCUAGAUCUUUGAUGUGUUGUCGUAGUAUGUUAUAUUAAGGCACACACACACAGGCCUGUAUGUGUGAUAAUUCAACUAGUACAACUAAACAAUGUCUCCAGUCAUAUGGAUUACAUCAUCUGGUAGCUACUCCCACCUCCAUCAUGCCGUUAGUCAUUCUGCGGAAAACCGUUUUUCCAGCAAAUCUGACGGUUGGUGUGAUUUACAGCCCCGCUCCUUGUGGCUUCCUCAAUUACCACAUGAGAGUUAAAAAGAAUAAGUCGUGUACACAAAGUACCUGUUGAUGCUUGGGGAGUAGUACAGCUGCAAACUGGUAUCAUUUACAUCAUUUUAGUUGCCUUGAUUUUGGAAACACUGUUUGAGUUCACAGCUAUUCUUACACGUGACGACUGCGAUGAUUCAGUGUUGCUUUUAGCCUGUUGCAUCGUGGGCAGGUUCCCUCUUCCCCCAUGCAGCUGUAUAUGUGUUCAGAGAUGAUGUAAGAGUGGUGGGGUUUAUUUACGAGGGAAUAAAAGCAACACCCAAUCAUCUGAUGUGAGACUAAAAACAAAAUCCCUCUGGUCUUAGUUUGGGUGCCUCUUUUGGCAUUUAGGAGUGCUGUGCGUUUUCUGCUGUUCCCCGGGGAAAUCAUUUCACCCAAUACUAAAAACAAAUGUCAACUGCUAGUAGAGCAGCUCAAUGCAAUAAAUCACGUAUCAAGUUAAUUUCCCAUCUUUUAAUCUCCCUGCUGUUCUUUCUGAUCUUUAACGACAUCCAAACGUACCCACUCUGACUGCUAACUUUCCCCCGCCCCACCCGCCCCCAUUUCUGUGGGGAAGUCAAAAAGGGGCCCGUGGGUCAAAAUGAAAGAUUGUAGAAUAUUACAGAAAUUUGUUUUAAUAAUGUAUAAUAUAGCGAAUGGUGGAGAUAAAGAAAAAUAGCAUGCACCUUCUUGAUGUGUGGACAGUGAUAGCAGUGAAGUGCCUUUAAUGUCCAGUAUGACUUAAAGAGAGAAAUGGGAGAGGAUUCUUCCCGGUUGAGUGUUAUCAUUAGUUUGUUUUGCGAGAAAGAAACGGUAUCGCUGUGCUGAUAUUGGUGAGAACCGUAGUACCCCAGCUGGACUGAAGAGCCUUUUAUUGUGAAGAAUACAGUAGAUAGUUGUCACUCGAGGGCCUUGAUCAGAUUGAAGUUAUACCCUAUAAGUAGAGGACUAUGUUCAGUACAUGAAACCGAUGGUCUUCUCACUGGUGACUUUGUAUAAAUGAAUAAUUUGAAAGGUGCUUUCCCUUUUUUUGUAGCGCCCAAUACUGCUCCCAGAUUUCCUCCCAACUCACUAUUUAUGUUUCAGUUGUAAAUUGUGUUGAAUUUCCAAACAUGAACGAUGAGCUGGCAGGAAAUUUUGGACCGCUGUUAGGUGCUAUAAAUCAGGGAAUGUAACUUUAAAAGAGAAAUAAUGGGCUUAAUUUUAAGAAACCUGAGUAUUGCAGAGAGUGCGUUGAGGUAAAAAUGUUGGACUGUCUGAGUGUUUGUUUGGUCAAAAAUGAGCUUUGCACCUCUGAUUGUGAAUGAAGUGCAACACCUAAGCGGCCGUGCUAGAGCUCAUGUCAAGUUCUCUAAUUAGCUUGCUGCUAACUGUGUGAUUUUAUUUUCCAUUUUGUCCCUCCUGUACAUAGCCAUGUCCUGUUUUUGUUCAUCAUCUAGGUUUCAACUUAAGGAAAGGCUAAAUGAAGGAGUGUUUAUCAGUGCUCGUAGCGGCUUGUCAGUGUCAAGAAUGCUUUUGUUAAAGGCCUUUUUUUGUCAUUAUUGCAUGCUGGAUGCUUGGAGUUGUGAUUUUUCUCCUCCCAUUGCGUAUGCUCUUAAGGAUUUAGACACUUAAAAACCACUUGAUUAUUUGCGAUUAGCUCCAUAAUGCUAGUUGAAAGAAUGCCUUGAAACGGUGUGCAUUGAGCCAAAGUCCUCAGUUUUGGCAUGGAAAUUGAGCAUUGCACUGACAAGCUUUGUUUUGUAACUUUUGUCUUUGUAAAUGUUUUCAUGGUUCAGCCAAAAAAAAAAAAAAAAAAAAAAUCCGAUGCUUGUAUAAAUACUCUUGAAUAUUUACUAGAUAAUGGAUGAAUAAUCACCUUGUUUUCUAUGACCACGAACAGUAAAAAUGAGUGCAGAUUAUUUUCUUUUUGUUUUGGCUCUCAUAAUUUAGGAUUUUUUCCUGCUGCUCACCAUAAACACGCCUUUUAACCCGGUCACCAGGUGGCAUUAGGCUACAGCCCAAAGACCCAACUACGGCGAGAAGGCUCCAGAGUUUUGCCUUAGCUGCACCCAUUUGUUCAUCCUCUGCAUGCCCGAGAGCCUUCGCCCAAAUUUAGAGGAAUAUUUAUUCACAGCUGUCGAGUGGCGCGCUGUGUAACCACUGAAUCCAGUCCAGAGUGCUCUCUGCAUUCCUUAACAACACAGCAUCACAUGUUCGACAUCGUGGUGUGUCACAAAACACCUCUGGUAUCCACGUAUGCCAAUAGAUGUCCAUUGUGUUGCCUCUCCGCAGCUUCUCCUACAAACUCAGUCCGUGCACCUCUUAAGGAAAAGUGCCUUAUUCAGUUAAUAUCCAUAUAUAGUUGUAGUUUGUAAAAAAUGACACCUAUUAAAUAUCAGCAGCACUUUCAGACCCCUGUGAAGUGGUUUUCUGUGUUGUAUUCUGCUUAAAUGUCUUGUUCUGUCAUGCUCAGCCUUAACUUCUUCAUCAAACCCACAGAGCAUUAGCUAGGGAGAAGCCGUCCAGGCAAACACCAGGCUGCCGUUGAGUAUCUUAUACUUAAAUGGUUGGUUUAUUGGCAUUUAAGUGUCUACAUUUCAACCAAUCACACAAUAGAAUUAUAGGUGUUUUAAAUGCUGCUGACAUGGAUAUAACCAGCUAAUGAAUGGCGUAGUUUUAGCCUGGUUGUAGCCUGGAUGACUUCUCACCAGCACGUUGUAAUAAAAUAACAGCAUUUCCUCCCAUCAUGCAAACAGUCUUGUGAUGACUUGAAAUCCACUUUGGUUGUAAUUUUUCAAUUGUUUUAUUGAAUGAGUUGUUUUGUCAAGUAGGAUUUUAAAUUUGCUUGGUCAUGGAGGGCCCUCUUUUCAGUUUUCAAGCCUCGAAGUGUUCAAUUCCAACAAGUAAAAAAAAAGCUUUUUGAUUCCCUCCUUUUUUUGGCUUUAUUUCUAUGUGCACACACUGUAGUGCCAUAUCUUUUUAUCUUUUGUGUCAUCAGUCUGGUAGGUACGAUAUUGUUUUUGGCUUUGCUCCCACCCCACUUUGACACACACAGACUGUAUAAUAAGACACUCGCAGGUGCCACAAAAGCAAAAUGUUUUAUGCUUCUUUUUUUGCUUUCUCUCAAACCUUUUUAUUUUGUGCCUUGUUUUUUCUAGUGUCGCCUCUAGUUUCACGAUGUAAAGCCAAUAAAGUUUGAAUAUUGUUAAACAAA